AAAAAUCGUGUGUAUGAGUAAGUAGUCUCUGUCUCUGUCUUCUUUCUCAUAUUUUCCACUACUUUCGCUAUUAAAGCGUUUUAUUGGAUCUGAAACUUUAGAAACGGUUUCUAUACACCAUUAUCAUUAUUAUUAUCGUUUGAAUUUAUAUAUUAAUAUUAUUUGCAGUGGGUAUAGUUACUCGAGUUUCCAAACCCUACAUAUAUAAAAACUCGAGAGAGCCCAGAUUCAUUAUUCUGAGACUUACCCAUUUCUCACAAUCCUAUAACAGAUGAUGGGUCGAGCUUGUUUUCCAACGAUUCUCCUUGUUUCUUUCUUGAUGCUCCUCUUUUUCUCUCAUGGGUUUGGGAGGAGUCUGAGAACUGAAGAUUCUUCUGUAGAAGUAAAGGAGGAAAGUGGUGGUGUUAAAGCAAGGGAAAUGGUUGAAACAAUGGAUUAUGCAGAGCCAGAGCCAAACACCAACCCAAGAGCUGGGUAUAUCUUCAGCCCUCCACCCAAGUGAUCAUCUCGCCAACCCAGUCUCUUUAUUUCACAAGAAAAUUAUGUUAUUAGAAAAAUGUAUUUGCUUAAUUUGUUGAUUUUCUGUUUUCUGUCCUUUUAUUAGUGUUUUGAUUAAGCAGAUUUAGAGUUUUUUUUUCAAGUGUAAAAUAUUGUAUGAAUAAUAAUGACGAUGUUGAAGAUUGUAUCUGAAAGUACUAUCGUUUUCUGUGUUA